UGUUUUUUUAUUUAUUCUCUUACAAUAAAAACUCUAAAUUUAUAAACAAAAAAAAUAAAACAAUAAAACGACUCCAUUAGCAUCCUUCCAUAUUCCUUAACUGGCUUACCUAAAAAUUUACUAUCCUUAUUAAUUAUGGAUAUUGAAAAAUUAAUUAAUAAAUUAUCUAGAUGUCCAACAGAGGAUAAUGCCAAUGCUAUAUUGACUAAAAUUUCGGCUUACGGAGAGUCUUUACCCCAUCGUUUCCCUCAAUUUACUGGCACACAAGAUACAACAGCUGAAGAGAUCUUAAGAUUGACACAAGCUCAGGUACUUACGCGGUAUAAUCCAUUAAAGGUUGAUUCAGAUGGUAAUUGUGCAUAUAGAGCUGUAUCUUUGGGUCUUUUUGGAGAUGAAAAGUAUCAUCUAUACAUCAGACUUGUGGCCGGAAUAGAAAUGAUUCUUUUUAGACAUAUAUACGACACCAAAGAUCCCAUGUAUGAAAUCAUUAUUAGUAAUUAUAUUAUAAUAAGUAGUUAUGACAAUUUAUUAAGUGAUAUUUUAAGAAUAGGAGGUUGGGCCGAGACAAUGCAUUUAUACGCUAUAAGUGCUGCCAUUAAUUUACCAAUUUCUACUUUUUAUCCUCCUGUUAAUGGCAAUCUUUUAAUGGAAAACCCCUAUACAAUGAAAAUAUAUGGACGGGGUGUUAGAAAACAAACCCCGUCUAAAUUAGUACUAAUGUGGUCCAGUUGUUCUGAAAUUUAUAACUUAAAUGAUAUAUUUAACCAUUUUGCUUUGUUAAAACCCAUUUUAUCGGCCCAACCACCUUUUGAAGAUGUAAAGAUUAAGAAAGAUAAUAUUUUUAAUGAUAAAAACAAUAAUUCCUUUAUUAUAGAUGAGUCUACACAAGAUAUAUCUUAUGAAAUAAUAGAGAAUAAUUUCGUCGAUUUUGAUUUAUCUUUACCUAUUAAUAAUAUAAAAAAUCUAUCUUUUAAUAAUUCUUCUGAUUUAAGUGUUAAUGAUAAUUAUAAUUUAGGCGAUUUAGAUUCAACUUUAUCUUUACCUCAUAAUGAUAUAAAAAAUGAUACUUUUGUUGUUAAUGAAAAUAAUAACGAUAUGUCUUGUGUAGAUUCUGAUUCAGAUAUAACAUUAUCUAUACCAUUUAAUAAUAUAAAUACAAUUUCUUAUGCAGAUGAGUUUAAUCAAGAUUUAUCUUAUGACAAUAUAAGUGACAACUUUUUUAAAAAUAAAAUAUUAAAUAAUUACGAUCCAUCUGCGGAAAAAUUUUCAAUUAAUAAAAUUUUAAAUUUAAACAAUAAUGAAAUUAUAAUUAAUAAUCAAAAUUACGGUAAAUUUUUAAAUGUAUUAGAUGCUAUAAAUAUUUUAAAAAAUCCAAAAGAUAUUUUAUCAAACAUACCUGGAGGUUGUAAAAAUAAUAAAUUUUAUUUAAUUAAUAAAAAUAAUAAUAACUCUACUAAAUCUCUUUAUUUUGAUGAUUGUGGGCCUUGGACUGGUUAA